AGUUCGUAUGAAGACGCUGGAAAUGGCGAAUCAUUUAUCAGUAACGUUAUUAUUUGCUGUCGUAGUGGUGGGACAGGCUCUGACACCGUCCACAUUCUUAACCACAUUAGAUCAAAAUCGUCUGAAAUCAGUAUUUGAGGCAGCCCAUCCGUUUACUGACGUAACCAAUGCUCAUUAUGGUAUAUUGGGACUGAGUUUAUUGGGUUCUACUGUACCUAAUGCACAAGAGGCUUGUAAAAAUAUUAACAGUAAUGUAGAUAAAACCAGUAUAGCAUCUUUAUAUCAUGCUUCAUCUGCUGCUAAACAUCUCACUGGCUGUAAGUUAAAUGUAGGAGAUGUUCAGUCUCUAUUAGAAGGUGCUAUUAAAUCUGAUGGAGAUGUUGUCAAUAUAUUUCACGCAGUUUUCGCCUUAAAAAAUUUAGGCUUGAAAGUUGACAAUAAGAAAACUUUACAGACGUUAGAGGAGGCGUUAAAAAAAGAUGAUUCUGCUUUAAGUUAUGGUUAUUCCUUCCAAAUAGCAGCUGAAUUAUCUGGGUCUAAGUUUUUUGAUCAUAUUGAAGAUGUUAUAGCCCAGGCUGAUGAAGUAGAUGAUAAAUAUUUACAGUUUGAAGGUGGAUUAUACGUGACAUCAUUUAUAAUAGAUUCUGCUUAUAAACUUGGUACCAAAUUAAACAAAGCUCCUACAAUCUCAGCUGAUAAAGUUAUCAAGUUUUCUAAUUAUUUUCUAACACGUAAACAUAUCCAUCAACUUCGAGCUGCGGCUUAUUUCUUAUCGGCUAUUAAAACUCUGGCAGAUAACAAGUUUCAUGUACCGCUAGCUGUAACUCUAGCUAGUCCUGUAGCCGUGAGUAAAUCUCAGCCAGUUGUUCAGGUGCGGGUCACCAAUUUAAUGGGAGGUUCUCUCGGCAGUCUGAAGGUCGUGGCUGAUAACGCCAAGAAUAUUGGUGAGGGUUCUGUGGUACUCAACAAGAAACCUUUUACUGAAAAUUCCAAAGACAAAUCACUGUUUGAAUUAAAUAUGUUAGAUUCAAAACCAGCGAAAGGUUUUUACGAGAUCAGUAUAUCAGCUACACCUAGUAAAACUGAUAAACGACUUCUUGGUACCACUGGAGCCAUUGUAAAAAUAAAAGUAACAACUACUGUAAGUUUAGAAGGAGUAGAGAUUGGUGUUGCUGAUAAAGAUCAAACCAGUGUUCCUAGAUCUACCAAUCUUCAGUAUCCCAAACGAUCAGCCAACGUACUGGAAGCUGAUUUCCACCAGAAGAUAGUGAUGAAAUUUAAAUUAUUAGAUAAAACUACAUCACAGUCUCUGUCAGCUCAUCAGACAUUUGUACGUUUCACCAAUCAGAAGACUAAACAAGAAAUUAUAUUUGUGGCUGAAAGUGAUUCUUCUAAUCUUAACAAAUUUGAACUGGAUGUGGGAGCUCGAGGAAAAGAUUUUGGUUUCCAGUCAGGACAGUAUGGUAUGGAAUUAAUCAUUGGAGAUCCUGUUAUUGAGAAUCCUAUCUCUUGGACCAUGGCAGAUGUUAAAUUAACGUUUCAAGAAGGUCAAGCUAAAACUAAACCUUCAACCAACCAAUACAGUAAAAAACCUGAAAUUCAGCAUCAAUUUAAUAAACCUGAAAAACGUCCACCAGCAGUUGUUUCCCUUGCCUUCAGUGGUUUAGUUCUACUUCCAGUUCUUAUUCUAUUUAUUCUGUGGAUUAAACUAGGUGUAAAUAUAUCAAACUUCCCUGUAUCAUUGAGUGCUAUUGGCUUCCAUGUUUGCUUGGCAGCUAUAUUUGGUUUAUAUUAUUGUUACUGGACACAGUUAAAUAUGUUUCAAACAUUACGUUGGCUGGGAAUACUGGCCGUACCUACAUUCCUGUUCGGUAAUAGACUUCUUAGUGGCUUAGCAUCAAAAAGAAAAACAGUUUAGAAUUAAAAUAUAAUAUUGUUUCAUCUUUCACUUUAUUUUAUUUCUUAUAAAAAUUAAAAAUGAUUAAAAUCAUACUGUUGUUGAUAGUGGGGAAUGUUUGAUUGAUUUACAUUGUGGGAACGAAAAACUAGAAAUAUGAAAAGCAUACAACGAAAUGGUCGUAGUACUUGUUCUGGAAUUUAAAAUGCUUAUUUACUGAGAGUUUUUUGGAGAGUUCACAUAGCUAAAAUUGUUAAUUUCGCAUUUAUUUUUCAACGAUAUAAGGCUCUGGUUUCUGACCAUUGAUAUCAUCUCUGCUUUUGAGCGUUCACAUAGUUAAGAAUGUUACUCUGGCAUUUAUUUUACAUGGUCAAAAGGCUCUUGUUACAGCCAGCAUAUUAAACCUAAUUAGUCUCCUGUGGGUGCAUUCAGUUAUCAAAAAAGGGGGAAGGGGAUGGGGGAAAUAGAAAUGAGAUGUAGUAAAAAUGAAGACAUUAUAUUAUGCUUAUUGUGUAUUUUUCAUCAUGUUAUUAUUUUUAAGACCAUUAAAAUGUUCUUACUUGG